UUCUUUGGCUGCUAAUCCUUUUAAUGCCAGGUUUCACUCCACAUUUUUCAAACCUCCUGCUCAUACACAUCACACAAAAAGUUGUAUAACUUGAAUCCUCUGUGUUUAUAGGAGUUGGGACCUAUUCUUUUACAGUUUACUUCUCCUAGUGCAAGUGUUGAGUUAACGUAUUACAUGUGGAAGUUUUUCGUUGGAGCAAACAGUGUGCUAUAUUUGUGAAAAUGUUGCUCAAGUUAUUUAGCCAUUAAUUAUUUAUAAGGAUGUUAGAGAAUCGUGUGUGUUAGAAAAUGGCUUCAUGUAGAUGCUCUGCGUUAUGGCUUCAUGUAGAUUCUCUGUGUUAAUGUGCGAUAGUGCUGUAGGUUCAGAUCAUUUAUGGUGUCAAGUGGAAGGGGCUUCAUCUUUCUUAAAGCAGUCUACAUGCUGACCUGGUCAUUUGCAAAGUGAAAUGGAAAGCUGAAUGUUACUGGAUGAUUUGAGUGUUAAAAACUCACUAUUUGAUUGUACCAAGUUUCUCUGCUCUCCCUCCUUCCAAGGUUAUUUGAGACAGUAUGAAUGCUAAGGCGGUGGAGCUAGGCCAUUCUGGGUCCUCAUCUCCUACAAGGUGUAUUAGAGUUAUGCCAUGUUUCCAUCGAGUGGACCUGUUCGGUUUGGUACCCAGGGCUUUACCGUACCAACUGACUGUACCAUGAUGGAAGCGCAGCAUUAUAGUGAGGUUAGAGUUGAAGUAAAGACUAAGGACUUGCUGUUGUCAGCCUAAAUGCUCCAAUAGUGCUUCUCUCUCUUGCAUUUGGAGGGCAAAAUGGCCACUCAUCAUUCCUCCCAGCCUCUCUGACUGACUCACUCUGUAGCUCUGUGUCAUUCUCCAUAGUCAGGGUGUGACUAUGGAAAACCCCUGCCAGUGCUUACUGGUAAAGUCUGUGUGUGCUUUCCACUGUAACUCCAGCUCAGCUAAAAGCCUUUACAAUUUAACAACUCGGUGGGCCUUUUUUCACCACUGGGACGUGCCAGGUCCCCUGUAUUAACUUUGAGACUUUCCAUGUCCCCGGAAAAUGGAUGAGACGGUUCCUCUUUGCAGAACAAAAAGCAACGGGGAUCAAAUGAGAAACAAAACCAACAUACAUCUUGCACUUUUUUCAUCAUAUUUAAAAGCAAAAAAUCGAAAUAAAUACAGUCGUAUUAGUUGUAUCCACUCACUUACUCUUGCAUUCAAUUAGUUUUAUGUGCUCCAAAUCCAGACCGCAAUUUUCAUUUUUUAGAUUUUGCCCCAGGAAAAAAACAUCCACAGACAAUCAGGUUGAGACUGGUUAAGUUAGCACUAUACCAGUGAGUUAUCUCGAGGCAGUGUCUAGAUAGGCGAUCGUUUGCUGCUUGUUGAAACUACUGAAGCAACUGUUGAGGAUGCAGUGAGUCAUUUACUGCCACAUUACAGAAACCUCUACCAACAGCUACAGCAGGAGUUUAAGUAUGAACAAACUCUACACUCACAGCACUGACAAAAUGAGAUAUUUUCAACCUGGGAAAGCAGGAACUUGUUUUAUUCGGUUAUGAACUGAGGAUGCUGUAUAUUUGACAUAUACAAAAUGUGCUGUGGUUGACUCAUGACUUGAGUGCUGUACAACAGCAUUAUACUUUCACUACAAAUUGUACAGUGCUAGACCACCAUACAGAUCAAUAUCAUGAUGAUAAAAUAUAUUAUGAUCAAACCUCAGUGAUGACAUGCACCCUUCAGAGAGGCUUUCACUAACUGCUGUUCCCAUGUUUUUCCCAAGGAACGUGAGGACUAAAGUUUGAUCCAAGAUUUUUACUAAGUUAUGUCUUGUUAGUGGUGGCCGCUGAAGGAUUGAGUGACUCACCCAGAAGUCACGUGACACUGAUUCACCCCUGCACAUCAAGGUUGUUUGGACAUGUCAAAUCCCUGGCAUUGUGCUCACCCUCCACCCGUUGUUUCUUGGCCAUUGGUCUAUAAGCUGGUGGAGGCUCUGCAAGUACAUAUUGUAUUUUCUGUCUGCUGGGACACUAAGCCACCUUAAGGCUGCCUUUCAAUGAGAAAUGACAAGAUAAGGCUUUGAAGUGCAGGGCCUCCUGUCUAUCACACAGAGGGUUAACACUAAAAAGUAGAGUUGGCAAAAACUACAUACUAAAUGUUAACGUUGGUGGCAGGGCUACCAAAACGUCUGGUUACGUUACUCAACCAUUAGUGUACCAUAGAAAAUACACCUUCUUUUGGUGCAGUCUUUAUGUCAUAUCCAAACCAUGAUCGGAGCAUCCCCAUCACUCAUUUUGCCUUGUACAUGUGCAUAUGAAAACCUGUUCAUUUGAAAAACACUAGGUUAUUGUAUCUGGGACAGUGGAAGGAUGAUGUAGCUGAGCGUUUGAGGCUUACUGUGUCAUAUGUCUGUGUCUCCGGUUGUCGGGGGACAGGGGACUGGUGAUGUAGAAGCAGGAAGCAGGAAAAUCACUGAGCCACAUGCUAAUCUCUGUUGAUGGUCAGUUACUCUCUGCAUCACAUGACCACACGUCACCGUGUAUCCAGCUACUCUCUGCACUUAGUAAUUCACUCAGCAGUGAGCCAUUCAAACACAAACGGCUAUCAAACACACAUGUACACAGUCAUCAUAAUCUGGCUCGCUGCCUUUGAUUACCUAUACAGCUGCACUCUUGACUGCAUCUGUAGGGGUGACGCCGAUAUUUUCCCUACAUUUAAGAAGGAAAAAAGAAGGGCUGUUUGAAAACACUAAAAAAAGAAGCUCGGGACACUGCUGUGUCACUGUGGAGUGUAUGUCCGUGCUUACUGAAGGCUCCAUGAGGGUGCGAGGCAUACGAGUGCAAGGCCAUGAUGAGCUGGCCAUGAAGCUUUUGUUCUGGGAGCUGGAGCAACACCUGAAAAGGUAAAAUAAAGACAGGCAACCCACAGAGAGUUAGCUGCAUGGGCCAAUCACUACAGUAGCUGCACACAAAACUCUGCAUGGCUAUAUAGUCCUUUUUUUAUUCAGUCAUUUACUGCUCAGAGUUCAUUUAUAGUAAAUGGACACUGAACUGGUUCACUGGAUACACUUCAUAGUCAGAGAUUUAGAGAAUUAGAUUAAAUAUAGUAUAUAAUAAAUAAAUAGAAGUGUUGUUGCCAAAUUGUAGACAUGUUGGUACAAAGAAAUCACACAUUGUACACACAGUUUUCUAUGAAUUACAUUCCUAACAAAGAGAAGCAGAAAACGACAUUUGAUUCACUUGUUUUGUUAUGGUGCUAUAACUUGUGCUGGAUGUCAGUGAUUUCUUAAAGUGCAUUUCCUUGGAGCAUCAUCUAGCUUUAGCUGCUUGUGGCACCAAAUGUAGCUCAUCCCAGUCCUCUGUGUGUUUGUAAGAGAACGUGAUCACAUUAGAGCUUGAGUUGCUCUGGUUAUUUGGGUCUGGAUAAUGAGCUAAAUCCUCUCCCGUCAAAGAUGAGACCGGGCUGUGAGACUAUGGUUAAGCUGAUUUGCUUUUUCUUAAGCGCUGAAGUGUUCGGGAUCAGAGGUGAGCAGAGGGUGACUACAGUAUGCAGUAGGUUUCGCACAGGCAACUACGUAUGUUUGAGCGUCCCUUCAUCACACUGGUGCUUAAUAAGUUUGGCUGCAAUAACAAAAUUAGCCAUACCGUUUUAACACUGGCAUUUAAAUCAAUCUAAAGGUCUGUGCGCUACCUCCUAUGUAUUUUGUCAAUGACCUCCAGUAUAUGCUAUAGACCUUUUCUUCAUGCCUGCUCUCCCUUUUAUUUUGGAAGCAUAAACAUUGCCUGUUGGUCCAUGUUUCGCAGUGAUGUUAUUGUAAAUCUCAAAAAUUGAUAGCCCUGUCUUCAGCAGAAAAAGUAGGAUUUCUGUGUUUGUUUCCUUUAUGCUUAGGUAUGUGCAAGGUAGGUGUGAUCAGACAGGCGUGUAAUUUUGAGGAUUUUGGGCGUGCGUGGAAUGUGUGUGUGGAUUGUCCGAGAAUGCUGGGAGGUGUCUGUGGGAGAAGGUCUUGAUUACGCCAUGCUUGAGGUUGCAGUUGCAUAGAUGUGUCUGUGUGUGACUGUUCAGCAUGUUGAUACUCCCAACUUUUGCUGCAACCUUAUUGAUCUACCAUGACCUCCAUUGACUAAUAUAAUGAUUAUUACAGGAUUCUCUUUAAGCGGUUCUCAAUUUUGAGUCUGUGGACACACAGGGGAGCGCAGUUGUCAUUGUUUUGCAUUUACAAAUGUUGUCAUUUCGUUGGUGACAGCCAAGACGACACUUCUGUAGAAUAAAUGACUAUAAAAUAUACCUGUUUUACGUGACCUUAUUUUAGAAGUGGGAUGCUGGUGCUGCAGCACAGUGUGAUGGUGCUUGUGCCACUUUAUUCUUUCACAAAUAAAUUCUCAUUAUCUGUUACUAUAAAAUGUAAUGUGUUUUAGAUGAUUUAUUUAAAUGUUACAGGCUUGUAAUGUUGUUCUGGGGCUGCUUUCAUGAUUGUCUGUCAGCUUCACAGCUCUGCAGUACUACACAGGACCAUAGGAGGGCAGCAUAUGUAUGUGCUGAUGACACUAAUUUGAUAUAAAAAACCUUCUCGUUUGUAUCAUCUAAAAAUUUGUAAUUAUUAAUAUAGUUUAUAGAGUGCAUGGCUCAUGGUGAUUUAUGCAGCCCAUGUUAGUUUCAACCCUAUUAAAUGAUAUACUAUACUAUAUAUUGUGUAUUAAAUACAAGUAUGUUUUUACAAUUAAGGUGAAGUACUAUGUAUUUACUUUAAAAAAGAAAGAAAGAAUGACCAUUAACGUAAAUACCAGGAAGCAUAAUAUUACUAUUAUGCAUUUUUAAGUUAAGACAGGACUGUAAUUUUCUCCACAGACUACCAGGGCCAUAUUCUCUUUUUCUGAGCCUCUGUAGAAUGGUGGUGCAUUUAAAAAAAUAAAUAAAUAAUAAUAAUAAUAUUUUGGCAGAUGUUGCAUCUUACUUUGAGCCAUGCACAAAAACAUCCUCACUAAACCUGUAUUUUGGGGGCAGAUUAUAAAAUGGCCUCACAAGAUGACUCUAUUGGGGAAUUUCCCUGGGUUGGUUUUAACUGAUUGAUAGUUAACUGGUUUUAAUUAUUUGGGAAUGCCAAGUCACUGAAAUCCAACUAUUGUUUGUCACUAUCCUACCUUUUUCUGCUGAUUUCAGUGACAAUUUUGUAUUACUAAAUGUAAAUUCUUAACACACACACGCGGCAAGAUGACUCGGCAUUCCCUUCUGUUUUUGCUCUUUCAACACUGAAAUAGAUUUUACUGUUAUGACUGAAAAUGUUGUCAUUUAUUUAAAUUGCACAAUAACAACAGCAGGAGUUGAGCCACAGUAUUUUAUUAAAGGUUAGACGAGGUAAAACAAACGAUCCAAGUACAAAUAAAGCAUUAAAACGGUCACAUACAGUGAGGAUAGUAUGCGUGUGUUCAGAAUAACACAGGGAUUCCCUUUCCCUACGUUUCUGUGGAGACCGCAUUCUUAUCUGUUGUUGUGGCAGUAUUUUUUUCCAAAACACUUUGACAUGUCGACGGUGAGGCGCUGAAGAAUGGAGGACUCUUUUCUUUUCUUCUAUCCGGUUCUCCCCGGUUUCAUCCACCUCCUCUCCGCUCCCAGCAUAUUUUAUGUAAAACCAUGUCAGCUGAGGGCCAGGUGGGGGCGUUCCUGCAUAAAUCAUUCGAACUGCGCUGCUCUCCGCCAAUCAGCAGCCAGGCUGUCGCUGCGUCGCCGGAUAAAAUAUUCAGGUUUUCCGCCGAGCUGCGGAGUCUUUGCGGAGCGCCGACAUGAGCCAACCGUGGACCGUGAAUGUGUGUGUUUUUAUCCACUGCGGUGGCCCAGCGACUCUGUAACGGACACGGCACAGAGUAUACACGCGUGGACGUGUUGUCGCGGAGCCUGGGUGCUCGACUAAUACGACAUGAACAGCAUGAAUACGCCGUGUUACACCGUGGCCAUGGACCUAGGCGUCUGCCAGCUGAGAAAUUUCUCCAUCUCGUUUCUGUCGUCUCUCCUGAGCGCGGAUAGCUCGCAUGUUAAACUCGACAAAAGUUCAUCAGGAGCCAGUGUUGUUGCCAUAGACAACAAGAUAGAACAAGCAAUGGACCUGGUGAAAAGUCACCUGAUGUAUGCCGUGCGAGAGGAGGUGGAGGUGCUGAAGGAGCAGAUCAAAGAGCUGAUUGAGCGCAACUCCCAGCUGGAGCAGGAGAACACCCUGCUGAAGACGCUGGCCAGUCCAGAACAAAUGGCCCAGUUCCAGGCCCAAGUUCAGACUGGCUCUCCACCCGCUGCUCCCACAUCUGCCGCAGCAGGACCACCAAGCACCACCACGCUUGUGCAGCCCACCUCGCACAGCUCUGGCCCCUCGGCGUAGAGUGUGGUCCAUGCACACACCCACACACACGCAGAUGGACGGACUGACUGUUUCUGAGUUCUGCCAGAGCAGCAGGGCUGAGCCCCGCCUUCUCCAGCUGGAGGUUGCGCUGUCAAGACAAGAAUUUGCACAUAUUUAUCUCCCAGAAGGACUUGUGGGACGAGCAGCAAAGACGACGGUCUUUAGAUGCUGUGUUAGGGGUUGGUGUCACAACAGGAGGAAUCAUUGAACAUUUGCCAAAUUAACCUUGGACUUAUCGACUAGAAUGUCUUACCAAGUGAAAAAAAAAAACGGCGUAUCAGUGGCGACAUUAUACAUACCUAAAAAAAAAAAUCACUGUGCCUGUGUCUGGAUUUUAAGUGAUGUCGAUUUUAUUGAUGAUGGAGGAGCAGGAAGUGGAGGACUGUAUUGGCUGUUACAUUUUUGGCUGAAUGGUGUAAAUAAAAGUGGUUCUCUCUCACUCUCUCUAGAGCCCUAUGUUACAUGUUGAGAGAUCAUAGAGAUGGGCAGAGUAAAUCCUUCUCCGAGUGACAAAUGAAGAAUGUUAGCAGUUAUUAUCAUGACACAGUCCCCAUCUGGAAUGGGGGAGUCGGGUGGGAGGGGAGGGGAGGCUAUUUUGAACAACACUAGGCAGUGUUGGUGAUGUUACUUCAAAUGUGGGUGGUUGGGAUGAACUAAACAUGGUUUCUUAUGGAGAUGACGAUAUUCUAUUUUCAGUAUUUCACUUUCAAGCUUCUUGUUUUUUGCCCUUGACAGAGCUCAUUGUUGCUGUUUUCUCAACCCAGCAGUGGCAUGUGUAAUUUAAACCUUAUUUGAUGGGGUUGAGACACUGGGCUACGCUGCAUUUCUUUCCCUCUUACAGUUUGAUGGGCAGAAGAUGUAUAUUUCUGUAUAGUGUAAGUACUCUGUAAAAUAGUGAGGAGAGGGAGAAAAAUAACAGAUGCUAUCUAGGUCGCACAGAUUGAAGUGGGUAAGCGAGUGACGUGCAAAGUCUUGCCCAGUCUGUGUUGUCUAUUUUUAUUGCUGUAUUUUCAGGAUUGUGGAUCAACUGGAGUUUAGGUUAUUUGACUGACAACCAACAGCCAAACAGGCUGCUCAUAUCCCAACAGCAACUCUGACUGUAAAACUUUUCUUUUCUUUUUUUCUUCGCUCCUUUUCUUUGAGUAUUUGCACCUUUUUAUGAACUGUUUCUUUUCUUUCUUUUUUUUCUUUUUUUUUUCUAAAGUUUUGACAGUAAAUUACUUCUGGAUGAAAAGUAUCUUAAAACUCAACAUAAUACAAGCCAACUGUGGAGAAGUUUUUUCUUUCUUUUCUUUUACAUUCUGUGUAUCAGUUGUAUGCUCAUGUCCUGCGCAUGUUUCUGCAAAGACUGGAUAAGAUAUUGUAACAUACAUACUGCAAUUGCACUUGACAGCUGCACUUCACAACUUUCAAUAAACAUGCUUAAGGAAGAAUAA